CUGAGAGAUGGACAGAUGACUCAAAAAGGAGAUGAAAAGGAGAAAAAUGCUCACCGCGACCGUACACAUCAAACAGCGGGAGAAUAUUCUGGAUUUUUCUUAUUUUGUCCUCUUUGUUCCAUCCAAACGUUUUUGGUGUGACGAGCAGGGAGGGGGGCGUGACUGGCAUCAUUAAAACCUCUGAUACCCCCACAAGCACGCGCACACUCAGACACGCGUGAACACACGGAGGGAGAUGUUUACAGCUUUGACCGUUUGGACUCCACUGAGCGGAAUAAGGCGAGCGCAGCGUUCACACGGCUUCGGACUCUGACGGACUGAGUCAUUUUCAUUUUUAGUCAUUUUCAUUCUCGUUCUGCUUCAAAGUUGGAAUCUGGGACUGAAUCGUGACAGCAUGGAUUUGUUCGGCGCGCGUCGCCUUCUCGGGAUUCGUUGCUGCUGGAAGGUUUCCGUUCUGCUCAGCGUUUUCUUUCACAGCUGCCCGAGCUCCUCGUUGGACUGUCCCCCCACCUGCACCUGCUCUCCCACUGAAAUCUUCUGCAGUAAGUCCGACAACAGCCAGUUCUUCCCGCUGCUGUCCUUCCAGGGCACCGGGAAUGCUGGGAAUAAUACCGGGAGCAUCGAGGAUCUUUUCCAGAACAUCACCUCCAUACACAUCGAGAACUGGACUGGUCUGCAGACCUUGAGGGAUUUCGAUAUGGAGCUCUACACCGGCUUACAGAGGCUAACCAUUAUGAGGAGCAACCUACAUACGAUCCAGGCUCGCGUUUUCUCCAAGAACCCACACCUGCGCUACAUAAACCUGUCCAAGAACCCCAUGUUGACCACGUUGUCCUGGCAGAUCUUUGAACAUCUGCCGCUUUUGGAACUGCAUUUGGAGGAUGUGGUGUUCACCUGCGGCUGUGAGAUUCGCUGGCUGCAGCUAUGGCAACAGAGAGGAGAGGCAGGUCUUAGCAGCCAGCAGUUAUACUGUGCUGACAGCUACAGGAGAAUAUUGCUUCAAGAUAUGAACAUCAGCAGUUGUGACCUACCAGAUAUCAGCGUCAGCCACAGCAACCUCACAGUUGUCGAAGGUGAUCAAGUAACGGCAAUCUGUAAUGGCUCUGGUUCACCAUUGCCUGAAGUGGAUUGGCCUGUCACUGGCUUGCACUCCAUCAAUGCACAAGAGGCUAGAGUCUACGACAAUACUAUUCACUCCAUCAACAUAACCUUGGUCAAUGUAAGCAGAGAUGACAACAACUUUCUAUUAGUAUGCACUGCCACCAACAUAGUGGGCAUGACCAACGCUUCAGUUCAGCUAACUGUUCACUUUCCUCCCACCAUUAUUAGGCUGAAGGAGCCAGAACGCCGCCAUGACACGUGCAUUGAGUUUACCGUUCGUGGUUCACCCCACCCAGUCUUGCGAUGGUUCUAUCAAGAUAAGGAAAUUUCCCACACUGAGUAUGUGCGUCCUGACAUGGAUAUUUACCUGGACUACAUAGAGGGAUGCCUAACCUUUAAAAACCCAACACACCACAAUAAUGGCAAUUAUACUCUGGAGGCCAGAAACUACCUGGGCAUAGCCACCAGUACUGUGUAUGGGCACUUCCUGGAAAAACCUUUUGAUGCAGAUGAUUACGAUUAUGGACCCACAGAAAAAGUAAUUCCAACUGCAGAGACUCACAUACCGGAGGAAGAUACUUUUGGGGUAUCCAUAGCAGUGGGCCUGGCAGGGUUUGCCCUAAGUUUGAUGCUGGUGGUUCUCUUUCUUCUCAUCAACAAGUAUGGUGGACGAUCCAAGUUUGGCAUGAAAGGUCCAGUGGCAGUGAUAAGUGGUGAGGAAGACUCUGCCAGUCCCCUUCAUCAUGUUAACCAUGGGAUCAUUAGCCCCUGUACACUGGAUGCUGGACCAGCUGCAGUGGUGAUUGGAAUGACUAGAAUUCCUGUUAUAGAGAACCCACAGUACUUCAGACAUGGCCACAACUGCAACAAACCUACCACCUAUGUUCAGCAUAUUAAACGGCGGGACAUAAUUCUGAAAAGAGAGCUUGGUGAAGGAGCCUUCGGUAAGGUGUUCCUGGCUGAGUGUUACAACCUGAGUCCCACUAAGGACAAGAUGCUGGUAGCUGUAAAGACGCUGAAGGAUCCCACACUUGCAGCCAGAAAGGAUUUCCAGCGUGAGGCUGAGCUCCUGACUAACCUUCAGCACGAGCACAUAGUGAAGUUCUACGGAGUGUGUGUGGAUGGAGACCCUCUCAUCAUGGUCUUUGAGUACAUGAAACACGGAGAUCUCAAUAAGUUUCUCAGAGCCCAUGGGCCAGAUGCCAUGAUCCUAGUGGAUGGACAGCCUUUGCAGACGAGUGGUGAACUUGGUCUGUCCCAGAUGCUUCAUAUAGCCAGCCAAAUUGCAGCUGGGAUGAUCUACUUAGCAUCUCAACACUUUGUGCAUCGUGAUCUGGCAACCAGGAACUGCUUGGUGGGGAAUGGUCUUCUGGUCAAAAUAGGAGAUUUUGGCAUGUCCAGAGACAUUUACAGCACAGAUUAUUACAGGGUGGGAGGUCACACCAUGCUGCCUAUCCGCUGGAUGCCCCCAGAGAGCAUCAUGUACAGAAAAUUCACCACAGAAAGUGAUGUGUGGAGCUUUGGCGUUAUUCUGUGGGAGAUCUUCACUUAUGGAAAACAGCCAUGGUUCCAGCUCGCCAAUAAUGAGGUAAUAGAGUGUAUUACUCAAGGCAGAGUACUGGAGCGCCCAAGGCUCUGUCCUAAGGAAAUCUACGAUAUUAUGCUUGGCUGCUGGCAGAGGGAACCGCAACAACGUCUCAACAUUAAGGACAUCCAGAAGAUGCUGUUUACUUUGAUGAAAUCCACACCAGUCUAUCUGGACAUACUGGGAUAAUAAUAGCCCCAAGGAGACACUAAUGGAAUAUAUUCAAAGCACUGAAUUGCCCCUGAACAGAAGUGAUCUGUUUGCAUACUCUGUGGAUUAGGGGCUAAAAAUGCCCUGUUUUCAUCUGCCAGAUAUUUGAGGACUGCAACUAACACAUUGUAUAUUAUGUUUAUUUAACUGGACCAAAAUGAUCUGAAUUGCAUC